CGAUCGGUUUUUGGAGGCCGGGCGAGAUGGGUCAGGUUGCUGUCGAUUACUCGGCUACUUGACCCGUUUCGCCUAGCCUCCAAAACAACCCUGCACCACCCUAAGCCCAACCCUAAUUGCCCCCAUGUCCCCCCUCGGCCUCAAUCGAUCUCUCUUCGCUCCUACGCCACUUGAUCCACUACCGCCAGAGACUAGAAACCUUCCCCGGCCAGCGCUGCCCGAUCCCGUCGACCUCCGCGUCUGGCCUCCACCUCCGCUCACCCUCUCCCCUGAUCUCUGCAUCCGCUUGCCCGCCGCUCAACUCAACCUCUGCUUCUACUCCUCAAAUCGCCGACGCCCUCCCCCGAUGUCCGACUCCGCUCACCCGCCACUACCCUCGACCUCUGCUCCUACUCGAAGCGUCGAUCGCCCUUCCUCGACAUCCACCUCCGCCGCUCCCCUCGACCUCUGCUCCUCCUCCUCGAAUCAUCGGUCACCCUCCCCUGACGUCCGCCUCCUCCGCUCCCCUCAACCUCGGCUCCUCCUCCUCGAGUCGCCGACUGCCAUCAACCGCUUGCUUGGCUGCUCCAAUUCUAUUCCUAUGGCGAGACCUCCUACUCCUCGUGGUGGACAUGGCGGACGAGGUACCCCUACUGCUGAGUCUUCUUCCUAGGGGUGGGCAACGGGACGGGACGGGAUACCCGUCCCGUUUUAAACGGGCACCCAGUCCCGUUUGGAGAUCAAAGUCCAUCCCAUAUCCCAAACUCAUAUGAGGAACGGGUACCCAUUUCCCGUACGGAACGUAUACCGGGUACCCAUACUACCCAUAAAUACCCAAAAUUUAAACCACUAAAAUUUUAACAAAAGUUUAAACUUAAC